AUGUAUGACAGACAAAGGAGAAUUUUCACGUUUCAAGAGAAGACAGCAACAGGUGAAAACUUGGGUCCAGGAUCAUACUAUUUUCUCGGCUCGUUAACCCCUGAGUGCGUUAUUGGAUACGCUCCAUUCGAGUCGUUGUCAGAAAGAAAAUUGAAUUUCAGCUCUUUAGAUAAUGAAUCAUUUCCCUCACCGGCAGAGUACUAUCCGAAGAUACCAUACGGGAAAGUAAAGGGAUGUUGUUCUAUUGCAAAUAAGGCCAAGCGGUUUCCAUCGUUUAACUCUGAUGGACCAGGACCAGAAACAUACAAUAUUUUGUCAAAAUGGGCAGAUAAGAAACAGGAUUCACAUAGCCCUCCGCUCUUGAAAAAAACGUUAAAACGUAUAGUCAGUGAACAACAGGACUAUGGAAAACGACCAAUUUCUUAUGAGAGAAAUACUGACUUUCGAUUUCGAGAUGUACCGAGCAUACCUUCUGGCGAAUUUGUGCAUGGUUAUGAAGAGGGUCCAGAUGGUCGACUCCAACCUCAAUCUGGACCAAAUAGAGAUGUGACGCUUGGCCCAGCGUUUUAUGGGCCAAUAAAAGAUCCUGUUUUUACGCGGUAUAAAGGAUGUGGGUGGUCAAAGAGAACUUCAGAACGUUAUCCACCUCAUAGAGCUUCGAAUUUGAUUGGCCCAGGGCACUAUAAUCCGUAUAAUGAUCCUUGGUUAAAACUCAUUGAAACUGCUAGAGAAAGAAGUAGCAUUGAAGCGGAACACCCUUUGGCGGUUCCAAGAUUUAUGGAUAAAGUGGUUUAUGAGUUACAAAAACAAAACUUUCCUGGCCCUUGUUCAUACAACACCCAAGACAAGCAAAUAUUGAAGGCUGAUGUGGUACAAGCACCUUUUAACACUGAGGAACAAAGAUUCAAAGAGAAAGUUACUCAAACACCUGGCCCAAAUGCAUAUGACCCAAAAAGUGAUACGAUUUCAAAAAGGUGGUUAAGGCGUUUUCAGCCAAAACCUUUUGAUGCUACCUCUGAAAGGUUUGUUGUUAGAAGCGAUGUAAGACCAGCUCCAAAUAGUUAUACUAUUGAUAAUCGAUUAACACAUCGUCUAAAUUUGUCACAAUCUGGCAAAUGUGUUGGAUUCGGUUCAACAGCAAAACGUAUGAAUGAUAAGGUGAUUUAUGGCAGAAAAUUUAAUGAUAGACAAGAUGAUAUUCCUGGUCCUGGACAGUAUAACCCACAAAAAUGUGAUGAAAAAUAUACUUCAAAAGCUUUUAGUAUUCCAAAGGCUGAAAGGGAAACUUCAAUGCCCCAGUCGACAGUACCCCCACCUGGCUCAUACGAUUUUGGAAAAUCUUUUGAUGUGACACAAUGUAAACGGAUCCCCGCUUUACCUCACACUGUAGAAGGUAGGCAGAGAAGAAACUGCUUCUCAAAUACUGAAGAAAGAUUCGGAAAACAUUCUGCGUUGGGUCCAAAAGACCCUGACAUGCCAGGUCCAGCAGAAUAUUGCAUAUUGGAAAAUAAAAAUCAAAAAGGAAAGUUUGUUUAUCAGUCGGAGCGAUUCAAAGAAUCAGAAAAAGAACAACUGCCUGGUCCAGCAGAUUACGAGUUAUCAGCCACCGUUGCUGACUCAGUAUUGAAAAGUACAUUCAAUGUAACAUUGGAUAAUUCCUAUUCAUCUAACAACAAAUGGUCUGAUGAAUCGAGUAAAAAUCUAG